CCGAUGGCCCAGAGUAUUUCGAACAGGGACCGUGAAAAGUCACCCUCGAACAGUGGUCAAUACCUGGUGUAGGACGGAUUCGAUUUUUCUGACUGGUGAACAUUUUUAAUUGUGGAUAGAAUUAUAGUGACAAGUAAAUAAGAUCAAGUGAUUUUUUUGGCUCCAGCUCAGCAGGAAUACUUUCCCACAUUGAUCACACCGUAUAAGACGGAAAAACUAAUCGUGCCAGCUGUUAUUAAACUGAUGAAAACUCGUGUGGAAAACUUGCUGACGUAAACAGAGCAACCCUUGCCGGGUGCAUCAACAAGGCAGGAAAAGCGCAUUCCUCGGUUGUAAAUUUAUGCUGAUUACUUCCGGUCCGAGGCGAGUUGUCCAGUGUCAGAUUCUUGAAUUAAAACUUAAUACGCAAUAGCCACACCGAAGACUGUAGCAGAAAAAAAAUAUCGAGCGUCAAAAGACGAAACGGUUCCAGUUGUUGUUUUUCUUCCUGCACCCCCCAAACAAGAACCGAAAAGCAUAAAGGAAACAAAAAAUACUCUCGACGCAUAUCAAACAUUCCAGAAGCUGACUGAGUCACACCGCAGAGUUUCAUUCAACAUUUGGAAAAAUUUUCAGGAACCAUGCAUUCAACCAGCUAAUACGAUCGAAUCUUCUGGAGAGCAUUUGUGGAAAGUGUUUUUGGCUUACGGAACUAGUAUCGUGCAUCGCCUGUCUAAGUUAUCCAGCAAGUGCAGAUACGGCAAAAUGGCACAAAAGUACAGUGUGGUGUUUGUGCGUCACGGCGAAAGCGAAUGGAACAAAAAUAAUCUCUUCUGCGGAUGGCACGAUGUGGGACUUAGUGAGGAAGGAGAAUGGGACGCCCUGGAAAUCUCGGCAGCAUCUUUGAAGCGAGAGAACUUCACCUUUGAUGUGGCCUUCACUUCGUGCCUCCGUCGUGCUAAUCAGACACUGGAUGUCAUCCUGAAGGAGCUGAACCUGACCCACAUUCCGGUGCACCAGCUGUGGCGACUGAACGAGCGUCACUAUGGCGCCCUGACCGGAUUCAACAAACGCCAAAUGGCCGACCUGUACGGAGAGCCGCAGGUUCAGAUUUGGCGCCGCAGCUUCAACGUUCCUCCCCCGCCGAUCGAGGCGGACAAUCCGUAUUACAGUGCCAUUUUGAACAACCCUCGGCUGAGACAUAUCGCCCCAUCGGAUUUCCCCCUGACGGAAACCUUGGAAAUCACCAUGCAGCGAGUUAUUCCGGAGUGGACCGACACGAUCAUUCCGGAAGUACGGGCGGGCAAGAAGGUGCUGGUCGUCGCCCAUGGAACCAGUCUGAGAGGAUUGGUCAAGCAUAUUCAAGAUAUUUCAGAUGCAGACAUUAUGAAGUUCAAUCUGCCGAACAGUAUUCCGUUCAUCUUCGAUUUCGACGAGAACAUGAAGAUGGUCGGGGGCAUUCGGUUUCUGGCCGAGCAGGAGGCGGUCCUGAAGGCUAUGGACAAGGUCGCCUCGAUUGGAAAGUGAGGGCAGCUCAACAACCUUGGAACCCCAACAAGGGCAAAGGUACAACGAUCGGGAAACGACUGAUUCGAGUAGGAACUCUACCUCAUUUUGUAUGGAACGGGCGAUAAAUAUUUAUAAAUUUAUAUACCUAUGUGUAUGUUGAAACGCAAAUCCUAUCAAGUAUCAAGUUUAUCGAAACUAAUAGAGUUAUAUAUAUUCUACUGUAGCGAUGUGCUAUGUCGAUCCGAGGAUUCACCUCGAGAAGAGAGUACUUUUAUUUAUUCGAAUGGUUUGUUAUGUUUAUCAUGGGUAGUUGCCUCUAUAAGAUGGAAACGGCAGAACCCGAUUAGAUUUACUGAGCUAUCAUUAGUUUGAAAUAAAUAACAUUCAUUAAGA